UCGAGCAUGUGUCCAUGCUGGUGAUCCUGCUCAACUGUGUGACUCUGGGGAUGUUCCAGCCCUGCGAGGAUGUCGCCUGCCAGUCGGAGUGGUGCCGCAUCCUACUGGCACUGGACGACUGCAUCUUUGCUUUCUUUGCUGUGGAAAUGGUCAUCAAGAUGGUGGCCUUGGGAAUUUUCGGCCCCAAUUGUUACCUUGGUGACAAGUGGAACCAGCUUGACUUUGUCAUUGUCAUGGCAGGGAUGAUGGAGUACUCUGUGGAUGGCCAUAAUGCCAGUCUGUCAGCCAUCCGUACCGUCCGUGUGCUCAGGCCACUGCGAGCCAUCAACAGAGUUCCAAGUAUGCGGAUCUUGGUAACACUGCUGUUGGACACCCUGCCCAUGUUAGGAAAUGUCCUCCUCCUCUGCUUCUUUGUCUUUUUCAUCUUUGGCAUCGUGGGAGUCCAGCUGUGGGCAGGACUUCUGCGCAACCGCUGCUUCCUGGGAGAGAAUAUCAUAACAAUGUACAACUUGUCCCUGAAUUCUUACUACAUGUCUGAGGAGGGUGAAGACAGUCCAUUCAUCUGCUCAGCCGCCCGCGAGAAUGGGAUGCUGCGCUGCCACGACGUGCCGCCCUAUUCCGAGGGCGGCGCCGAGUGUUCACUGGAAGCGCCGCAUCAAAGCUCUUCGGCUCUAAUUGGAUCGCUCCCUGUGGUGGGAGGGGCCAGCGUAAAUGGCUGCGUUAACUGGAACCAGUACUAUAAUGUGUGUCAACCUGGAAGCCUCAACCCUCACAAAGGAGCUGUUAACUUUGACAAUAUUGGCUACGCCUGGAUAGCCAUAUUCCAGGUCAUCACACUGGAAGGAUGGGUCGAUAUCAUGUACUAUGUCAUGGAUGCACACUCCUUCUACAAUUUUAUAUAUUUUAUACUGCUCAUUAUUGUGGGCUCUUUCUUCAUGAUCAACUUGUGCCUCGUGGUCAUCGCCACCCAGUUCUCGGAGACAAAGCAGCGGGAAAAUGCCCUGAUGAGGGAGCAGCGUGCGCGCUACAUGUCCAACGACUCAACGCUCGCCAGUUACAGCGAACCGGGCUCCUGCUAUGAAGAGAUGCUACGCUACAUCAGUCACCUUUAUCGCAAGUUUACACGCCGGGUGCAGAGGAUAUACUCUGGGUGGCACAGUAAACGACGUAAAAAGGUGAAUCCUAAUGGCAGUGGUGGAGGCAGUAAUGGUGGGGGUAACGGACAUGGCCACGGCUCCAGCAGGGGCUGUGGAGGUUCAGGCCCAAAUAGUGCAUUUUGGCUGAGGCCGAUCCAUAACCUACUGCAGCACCAUCAGCACCAGCACUGUCGCCUCAGCAACGGCAGCCAGCACGCCAUUAGUGUGGAAGGCGCUGAGGACAUGGACAGAGAGGGAGGCAUUGGAGGAGGAGGAGGAGAGGAGCUGGAGAUGAAGUCACUUCCUGCCCAGAGAGGAAGUACAAAUGAGAAUAACAGCGGUAGCGGGGGAGCCGGCAACUCAUCUGUUGUUACCCAUGGCGUGGGUGUACUGCUCGGGCGGCUGAAUGGGGGGAUGAACUACCCGACCAUCCUGCCAUCGUUUGUGUGCAGCUACAGCAGUAAGACGCCACCACCUCACUCGCAGCAGUGCAGACCCAGUCCGGAGCAGCACCCACCAAGUCACACAGCGUCUGACCACACAGAGACGCUGAACAAGCUCUACCAACUCAUGGGACAGCACAGUCGCCAGCGGCUGCUGUACCAGCUGGCCGGCGUGGUGCCCAGCCCUCUGCUCCUGGAGCUGCUCAGCUGCCCUCUAUGUGCGCGCAGCCUUGAGACCUUAGAGCUGGAGCUGGGAGACCUUGAGGGUGGCAGAGGAGAGGCGGACGGACUGCACGACUUCCCCCAGGUGGGACAUCUGAGAGGUGGAAGAGGUCGAGGCCGUCGGCAAGGGGUGGUGGAUUAUAAAAACGGAGUGGUCCGCGCCUGGGUGGGGUUCAGGGAAAAACUGAAGAGGAUUGUGGAGAGCAAAUACUUUAACCGGGGGAUCAUGAUCGCUAUCCUCGUCAAUACUCUCAGCAUGGGGAUAGAGUACCACGAGCAGCCUGAGGAGCUGACUGACGUGUUGGAGAUCAGUAACAUCGUCUUCACCAGCAUGUUUGUCUUGGAGAUGGGCUUCAUGCUGCUGGCUUUCGGCUUGUUUGGAUACAUCAGGAACCCAUACAACAUUUUUGAUAGCAUCAUUGUUAUCAUCAGUGUGUGGGAGAUCAUUGGCCAGUCAGACGGCGGGCUCUCAGUGCUGCGGACGUUUCGUCUGCUGCGGGUUCUGAAGCUGGUUCGCUUUCUGCCCGCGCUGAGGAGACAGUUGGUGGUGCUGAUGAAGACCAUGGACAACGUGGCCACCUUCUGCAUGCUGCUCAUGCUUUUUAUCUUCACCUUCAGUAUACUGGGCAUGCAUCUGUUUGGCUGUAAAUUCAGCAUCCAAAUGAAGAAUGGAGACACAAUUCCUGACCGCAAGAACUUUGACUCUUUACUCUGGGCCAUUGUUACUGUGUUUCAGAUUCUGACCCAGGAGGACUGGAACGUGGUGCUGUAUAACGGCAUGGCUUCUACCUCUCCGUGGGCAGCGCUCUACUUUGUUGCUCUCAUGACGUUUGGCAACUAUGUGCUUUUCAAUUUACUUGUGGCCAUCUUGGUCGAGGGCUUCCAGGCCGAGGGUGAUGCCAAUCGGUCGGAGUCGGACGAUGAGAAGAAAUCAGACAACUUUGAGGAGGACGAAAAGGUGGAACAGCUCAGAGACACUGAGCUAAAGAUGUACUCUCUAAUGAUGACAGCCAACGGUCACGUAGACCCACACAGCUCCAUGGCUCCUCCUAUAAUCAUGCGGACGGCAGCGACGCCCAUGCCCACUCCUAAGAGCUCCCUGGGCCCUGAGUCGUUCCUUGGGGACGAGCUUGUCAGAGGCGAGGUGGGCUUUUCGGAGACAAUAAGUGGUCACGCGGAGUCUCGCCAUGGAAGUUCCGCCUCCAUGGAUCCUUUAGCCUACGACCAGCACUCUUUGUGUCUCUCAAGUCCCGGCCGGCGCUCCCCUCUUCCUCCCCGUGGCUCCGGCAGCUCCUGGGGAAGUCGCCGCUCGAGUUGGAACAGCCUGGGAAGAGCGCCGAGCCUGAAAAGGCGCGACACCAGCGGAGAGAGGGAGAGCCUUCUGUCCGGGGAGGGAGGGGAAGAGGAAGAUGGUGGGGAGGAUACACUGGAGCCUGCUGGAAACAACAGAUUGCAGCCUGGGUCCUUGGAGGUGCUACAGGCGUCCACUCUCAUGCCUUCCAUAAUAGCUGAGUAUGGCGACUGUAACGGGAGGACCAGGACUUACGACCCCAACAUGAACUCUACGGACAGCAAGGACGACUCCAUGCCCGAAGAUGACAUAGACGAUGAUAGCUCCUUUUGCCUCUGGAUCAAGAAGGAGCUCCUUAACAUGAAGCCCCGCUGGUGCAAAGAGCACGAAGACUGGGCGCUGUAUUUGUUCUCCCCAGAAAACCAAUUCCGUGUUUGGUGCCAAGCUGUAAUCUCCCACAGACUGUUCGACCACAUAGUUCUUGUUUUCAUCUUCCUCAACUGCAUCACCAUCGCUCUGGAAAGACCUGACAUCCAGCUGCACAGCACGGAGCGAGUCUUUCUGAGUGUGUCCAACUACGUUUUCACUGUGAUCUUCUUUGCAGAAAUGGCCAUUAAGGUUUCUGCUCUGGGCUUCUGCUUUGGGAAGCAGAGCUACCUCCAGUCCAGCUGGAAUGUUCUGGACGGUUUGUUGGUCUUUGUGUCUCUGGUGGAUAUUCUGGUCUCUAUGGCUUAUACUGGAGGAAACAGGAUCCUGGGCAUCCUCAGAGUCCUGCGCCUGCUACGAACACUACGCCCACUCAGGGUUAUUAGUCGAGCCCCUGGAUUGAAGCUGGUUGUGGAAACUCUCAUUACUUCUCUCAGACCCAUCGGGAACAUCGUUCUUAUCUGCUGCGCCUUCUUCAUUGUCUUUGGCAUCCUGGGGGUUCAGCUAUUCAAAGGGAAGUUCUACCAUUGUGAAGGUCUGGACACGAAAAACGUCACAAACAAGUCCGACUGUCUGCAGGCAAAUUACCGCUGGAUACGAAGGAAGUACAACUUUGACAACCUGGUCCAGGCGCUGAUGUCACUGUUUGUGCUGUCGUGUAAGGAUGGCUGGGUGAACAUCAUGUAUGAUGGGCUGGAUGCAGUGGGAGUGGACCAGCAGCCUGUGAGGAACCACAAUCCCUGGAUGCUGCUCUACUUCAUCUCCUUCCUGCUCAUUGUCAGCUUCUUCGUCCUGAACAUGUUCGUCGGUGUCGUGGUGGAGAACUUCCACAAGUGCCGGCAGGACCAGGAAGAGGAGGAGGCUCGCUUACGGGAGGAGAAGAGGCUCAAAAUGAUAGAGAAAAAGCGCAGGAAGGCCAAACAGAGACCUUACUAUGCAGACUACUCUCCUCUGCGACUGUCCAUCCACACACUGUGUACCAGCCACUACCUGGACCUCUUCAUCACCUUCAUCAUCUGCAUCAACGUCGUCACCAUGAGCAUCGAGCACUACAACCAGCCGCAGUAUUUAGAGGAGGUUCUGAAGUACUGUAACUACGUGUUUACCAUCAUCUUCGUCAUCGAGGCCCUGCUCAAACUUGUGGCCUUUGGCAUACACAGGUUCUUCAAAGACAGGUGGAAUCAGCUGGAUAUAGCGAUCGUGGCCUUGUCCAUCAUGGGCAUCACACUGGAGGAGCUGAAAAUGAGUGCAGCCCUGCCCAUAAACCCGACCAUCAUCAGGAUUAUGAGAGUACUCCGAAUAGCCAGAGUGCUGAAACUUCUUAAGAUGGCCACGGGGAUGAGAGCUCUGCUGGAUACUGUCAUGCAAGCGCUGCCACAGGUGGGAAACCUUGGUCUCCUCUUCAUGCUGCUCUUCUUCAUCUAUGCUGCGCUGGGAGUGGAGCUCUUUGGCAAACUGGAGUGCAAUGACAACAACCCGUGUGAGGGCCUGAGUCGCCAUGCAACGUUUGAGAAUUUUGGGAUGGCCUUCCUCACGCUGUUUCGAGUGUCCACCGGAGACAACUGGAAUGGGAUUAUGAAAGAUACUUUAAGGGAGUGUCAUCCGGACGACCGCCACUGUCUCACCUACCUGCCCCUGGUCUCGCCGAUUUACUUUGUCACCUUUGUUCUCAUGGCCCAGUUUGUGCUGGUCAACGUGGUGGUGGCUGUUUUGAUGAAACAUCUGGAGGAAAGCAACAAGGAGGCUAAAGAGGAUGCAGAGAUGGAUGCAGAGAUUGCCUUGGAAAUGGCUAUGGAGAGGGAACGCAAAUUAAGCAUCGCCUCUAACAGCAGCUCGGUGGAUGGAGCCUAUGUUGGACCAUGUCCACAGUCACCUGGACAGGAGGAGGAAGUCCAAUACAAGGACCAAGACAUGCUGUCAUCGAGGAAGAUGUCUGUAUCCAGGAUGCACUCACUGCCCAAUGACAGCUACAUGUUCCGACCUGUGCGACCCGCCAGCGCUCCCUACCCUUUGGAGGAGGUUGAUCCCCAGCAACAGCAUUCAGGCUCGGUGACCUCGGUUCACUCCCAGCCGUGUGAGAGUCGCACUCUGCUGCAGGUGCCGGACGUCUCCCCUGCUCACCCUCGGUCUCCGCCCACCCUGACUCUGCCCCGCAUUGCCCCGCCCACACCAAGUCCUUCUCCCCGUGCCCUGCGCAGACAGGUGGCAAUGAAGGUGGAUUCAGUGGAGUCACACGGUUGUGAACAGCAGGAGAGGCCGAACCCCGCCCAUCUGUCUCCCCCGUCCACUUCUACCCUCCCUCCUCAUACCUCCUCCCCAUCUCCCCUUCCUCCUCCUCCUCCCUCGUCCCCUUCGGCCCUCUCACUCCCACCCAGCUCUCCCUCUGCCUUCCCACUUCCGCCCGCGUCCCCCACUCCGCUGCCUGUUCUGCUGUCUUCCCCCUCUCCCCUCCCUCCACCGCCAUCUUCACCUGCACUUCUUCUGCCUCCUCCUCCUCCCUCCCCCCGUGUCCCCCUGCGCCCGCCCAGCCUUCGGCGACCUAGACCACCCUCUGCUGCCUUCUUCUGUGACCCCGCUGAUGAGGAGGUGUACCACAUCACCAGCUCAGCCAGCCACAGGUGGAAAGAAGAGCAAGGAGGUGGGCAGGAGAGCCGAGGGAGGGCCAGUCGCAGCCACUCCCUCUCCCCUUACACCUCCCCGUACUCCCUCGACUCCCCUACUGCCCCUCGCCCACUGCCGCCGACCUCCUCUCAGAGCACACUCAGUCUGCUUCAGGCAGGAUUGAAGGACCGCGACUUCACGAAAGGCUUCAGCGUCGACAACCAGGGCUUCCUGGACAAGCCGUCGUCAUUGUCUGUUGGGUUUCCUGACGAGCAGCGUCGCCACUCCAUUGAAGUUUGUCUCCCACAGGCCGCCGUCACAAGUGACCAGCGGGCCUUGGCACACGACGGCCACCGAUUAGAAAAAGGAGGCCAAGCAUUUCCUGUAAGGGUGCAGUCAGUCGGAGGCGGCCACAGGAAGAAGAAGAUGAGUCCGCCCUGCAUAUCCAUUCACCCUCCCUCAGAGAAGGAGCACGCCCAGAUGGGAUCGCCCCCAAAACUGGCCGACUGCAGCACGAUGCUGCGACGCAGGACGCCCUCCUACGACUUGACCCCUCACACGCACUCGAAAACACACACCCAAGACGUCUCCGCGGACUCGCCGAUGCCCUCCCCGAUGCACACAGCGCUAACGCCUAUACUCGUGCCAAUACAAGCGCACUCACCCACUCACACACUGACACCGUCUCAGGCGCCCACCCCGACACACACUCCGCCGUUCCCGUCCACACCCACACAUCCACACAUCCCCAUCAGCCCGAACAUCUUCAUCCAGCCUCAUGCGCCGCUUCUCCCGAGCGCUAUGCCUUUCUCACAGACGCGCUCCCUCUCCCCUGCGGCGAGGCACUCCUCGCUCACCGGAGACUGCAUUCCUCACUCCCAGUUCACCUUCGACCAGCCACAGUCCAGAUACGUGAGCGGCCUGUCAGCUGGACUGUCAGACACGGACACGGCCACCUGCUCUUCCCCUUUCGACAGCAGGAUGGGAAGUGGUGCAGGAUUCAGUGCAAAGAACAGGAGGACCGCGCAGUGAACGGGGAGCUUUGCCUUCAGGAAGUGAUUUAUUUGGUCCAAAAUCUCUGGAUUAGUGGAUCCUCAACUCUGAUCUCAGCAGUUAUUAGCGCUGGGAGUUGAAUCAGAGACGUUUGCUGGGAAAGGAAUGUUUUUGUUCUGAUGGAGACAUUGAUUACUCGGCUGGUGCAGUCCUGUCCUAUAAUAAUGUACAAUGGAUCGAUCACUCUGGACCCAGUGUGAGGAACAGCAGAUCCGCCGUGGCUGUACCGUACGUCAAACAGUACCCACUGUUCAUGGCGCGUUCAGACUAAUGCGAACAACACGCCGGGACUAAAGCCACCUAACUCUGUAGCCAAAGUUUUUUUUUUGACACACUGUCCCUUCCCAUGUAAGCCAAUCAGGAAGCAGCGUCUGGCUGACAACCUCUGACCUUUAAAGGAAGCGGGUUUGUGAAAUGCGAGCGUGGGGGGGGAAUUGUGGGAUAUGCAACUUCAGGUUUUCUACAGAAGUUCUACUUGCCCCUCCUCUGCUCCUCGAUCACAUUGAUCAGAGCAGUGUGUGUGUGUGCGCG